AUGAGACGGGCCCGCGCGGACUGCCCCUCGGCGCGACCCUCUGGAAGGAAAGGAAGAUACGAGAGCCCCGCGCUCCUGCCCGCAACGCGCCCCCACCGCCCUGGAGCACGGACCUGCGCCAGCGGCCACGCUUUUGCCGGUGAGACGUCGGCGGCGCAGCGCGCCGUGCGUCACGGCGCAAAUCCGCUGCGCCCGCCCCGCCCGGCCGCGCGCCGUUGCCAGGGAGACGACGGCGGCCACCGCCAUGGAGCCGAGGGUGGUGAAGCCGCCCGGGCAGGACCUGAUGGUGGAGCGCCUCAAAAGCCGCUAUGGCGUGGGGGGCGGCUGCCCCGCCGAGAGGACUUCGGUUUCUGCUCACGUGGAGAUGAAGCUGGUCCGUCGCUGAGAUGUUACUCUGAUGAGAGGAGGCGCGGCCCCGCACCCCACCGUGGUGCCCUCAAGCGCGGGACCGUCAGUUGGCAAGAUGAUGAACUGGAUUCUUUUCAAGAUUUAAAACAACGGGAAACAGAAGAAGAGUUCAUUGGGAAUGAUCAUAGGGUUAGUACCUCUGAAAUAAACAAGCAGUCUUUUAAAGGGAUAAACAAAGCAGCUGCCGGAGCAACUAAUUUGGCCUCAGACUCAAGGAACUGGACUGACUGUUGCAGUAACGCCAGUGACUCUCCUUGGCAACGUGUCAGCCCCCCCGCGCCCAGAGCCCCAAACACGCAGGGCGUGCUUCCGCGCCACGUCAACCAGAUCUACGAUGAGCUUCUCCAGAUACACCAGAAACUGCAGUGUGAAACAGCAGCUCAACAGGCAUUUGCUGAGGAGCUUCAAAAGCGAGAACGUUUUCUGGCUGAGAGAGAAGAGCUGCUUUUCAGACAUGAAAGUGCCUUGAAUAAAAUGAAAGGUGUCAAAGAAGAGGUUCUUACAAGGUUCCAGAUCUUGAAGGAGCAACAUGAUGCAGAAGUGGAGCACUUAACUGAAGUUCUUAAGGAAAGAAAUAAAGAAAGCAGGAGGCUAAGGUCUUCUUUUGAUGCAUUGAAAGAACUGAAUGAUAGCUUAAAAAAACAGUUAAAUGAAGUAAGUGAAGAAAACAGGAAGUUGGAGGUGCAGGCUAAAAGAGUUCAAGCUCGUUUAGAUAAUUUACAGAGGAAGUAUGAGUUUAUGACAAUACAGAGAUUGAGAGGAAAUCCCCACGCCGCUCACGAAGCAAAGAGUUUAAAACAGGAAAAAGUACCAGUUUCAAAACCUCAUAAGGUACCACUUAAUGGACAAGUUUAUGAACUUUUAACUGUCUUGAUGGACUGGAUUUCGGAUCAUCACCUCAGCAAAUUGAAACAUGAGGAAUCUGGAAUGGAUGGUGAAAAGGCACUACCCACAUUUGCUUCUCAGAGAAAUGAUAUUCAGGAGAAGUGUGUGAAGCUUUUGCCCGUGAUGACAGAGCAGCUACAGUGGAUGCCCUUUGUGAAUGCCAAGCUUCACGAGCCUUUUGUAAAGUUCGUAUAUUGGUCUCUAAGGCAGCUUGACGCUGGGACACAGCAUUCGACUAUGACGUCAACGUUGAGGAGAUUGGGUGAAGACAUAUUCAAAGGAGUAGUGACUAAGGGCCUUCAGGAUAAUUCUUUGGAGCAUGCUGUGGAGAGUAAACCAAAGGCAGCUGCUUUCUUUAAGAGCGCCAGUUUACCACUGAGAUUUUUAUCAACUUUAAUUGUUCUCAAAACAGUCACACGAGCCGAUUACCUGGCGCAGGCGUUUGACUCUCUGUGUGUGGACCUGAAGGCGGAUGAAGGGAAGAGCCUCUUCUUGCAGCACCAGGCGGUCCCGGUGGUGCUGAGCCACCUGAAGGUCUCCGGCAGAGGACACCUGUGCAGCGCCAUCGACAGCCUGCUGCAGAUGACGGUGGAGUCCAGGUUCCUGCAGCCCUUCCUGGAGGCGUGCAGCUGCUCCCUCUUCUUCCGGACCUGCUCGGUGCUGCUCCGGGGCCCGAAGCUUGACCUCCACGUCCUAGAGAGGCUCAGCAUCAUCCUACAGAAACUGUCCAAAAUCAAGAGUAAUAAGAAGCUCUUUGAACUCUUUGCAGUUCAUCUGAUGCUUCAAGAAAUACAAAGGACGACACAUCCAGAGCAUGCAUUUCUCUGUAUUAACCUGAAUUCGACUCUGUUCAAUUUGGGUUUAACAAAAUGCAACUCCCUGGCCGCCGGUACAAACCCUUAGGCUGGCUCAUUAUUAUUUAUAGGUAUUACCUAUGUGUUGCUACUUGUAAGAUUGUAAAAAUCACCAGAGUAACUACCAAGUAAAGUUACGAGUAGCAUCACUUAUCACGAAAAAUGGAAAAAUUUUUUAACCUUUAAAAUGGAACCUGUGGAAUGUGGAUUUUUUUCCAUUCAGCUAAGGUGGUACUAACGUACACGAUGGAAUUUUCAGGGUUAAUGACCCUGGGGGUUACGUUUUGUAAAAAUGUUUUAGGAAGAUUCUUUGGAAUAAAUUGGCGUUCAUGUGGGAACAAGGUUAGCGUGUGUCAUCGUUCUGUUUUCUUAAUGUGUUAAAAGUCCCCCUUCUAGAAGUGUAUGUGCACACACUUUAGGU